AUGUCUGGCGAACCUCUUGACGCCAGCGUCAAGCGCUCAAACUCCCGCUCCCAUACCUCGCGUCCCACCACCCCGCUCCGUCCCUCAUCGCGCUCAUCCUUCCGAGAGUCUGCCCGCGGUGCAGGAGAAAGCGAUGCCCCGUUCCCGCUCAAUGCCUUCGAGCCCGCCUUCGCCGAGCUCUCGGAUGCCAUGGCCGAUCUCGAGGCGAACAUGAUGCACUUCCAGCUCAUGCACGAGAGUCUGGCGAGGUUCAGCGAGUCGUUUGCGAGUUUCAUGUACGGGCUGAACAUGAACGCUUUCUGCGUUGACUUUCCAGAGGGGCCCGUCCCAGAGUCGUUCCGUCGAGAUAGGACAAGACAAGAGCAACCAGUCGAAGCUCCCUCGCGGCCGGAGACUGACACCGAUAUGACAUUCAUGACAACGGAUAUGUCCUUUGUCGAGAACCCACCCACAACCACCAAGUCGUCCAGAUUCACCACACCAGAGCCCCGUCAAUCCCGUCUUCCCUCAGCGCCUGGUCGGGGAACAUCAUCGAGAGGAAGAUCUACCCGUGGAGUUGGUCGAGGUCGGCCUAGUGGGCUUGCCAGGGCGCGUGGUAGGGGAGUUAGGUGA